AUGCUGCUGAUGCUUGUGGACGAGUGCAAACAGCGCGUGUGGGCGUUUCUGGACGCGCAGGGGCUCUGUCGAGUCGCGUGUGUCGCCCGCGAUGCCCAACAGGGAGUCCGUGUGGGUCCGGUGUGGCUGCGGCAUUCUCGAGCGCUGCUGACGGAGGGAUUGGCGUCGCUGCAGACCGAGUUGGGGGUACCUGGCUAUGGACCGGAGAGAGGUUGUGGCAGACAUAGGCAUCUGAUGCUGCGGGAGAGUCAGUACGGCGCAGUGCUCGAGGACAGAAGUCGCGACGCUAUUGUUGACUGGAGGCGCUGGUACCGCGACACUCACGUGGCACUGCGAACGAGUCGGAGCAGUAGCGCGGAGUUCGUUCGAGCAAUGAGUGAUCUGCAACAGCUAAAGACGCAGCGAUUGCAGCUGAAAGAGGCGAUCCAACGUGUGAAGGCUUCUGCGCAUGCUGACAAGCAGUCUCGACGAGGUCAGAUGAACUGCGUUCGAUGGAUGAACAGGACGCACAGACGACUCGCUACAAAUGCAAACUUGAUGCAGGCCCAGCACGCAGCAAUGUCGAAAGCCGAGUUGGCUGAGAAGUUGCAAUGUGCGGAGAAGUCCAUCCAGGAUACGACGAGAGAGCAAUUUGGGCUGCGCAAACAAGCGAUGAAGAGUCUGCACAAACUGAAGACGCAGCUAGCGAGCGGGAUAAAGAUGAUGCAAGAUCUCGACACUCAUGUAGAGCUGCGCAGCUAA